AUGAAAUUCGCCGCUGUCUUGGCUGUUCUGGCCUUCGCCAGUCCCCUGAAUGCCUAUUUAGUCCCACGCACCGGAAACGGUGCUCUCGCCGCUGAGCUCCAGGACUUCGUCAACAUUAUUCCUCUUGACGAUAUAGUCGCGCUCCUUCACGAAUACAUGAACCAAGACUCAGAAAUGCAAGCAUGGUUAAACUAUUUGCAAACAAACGAAUUCAGGAACCUCGUAUCUGGUCUUGAAAGCAUCCCUGAAUUCCGGGACCUCCUCAACUACCAGCAAAAUGCCGGUCUCGAUGCGUACUACCUGGCGAACAAAGUCAAUGAUUUCCUGCAUCUGGCAAAACUCGUCCCACCAAACCGCGCUAGGAGAGCCGUCACCGGUGGAAUCCGCGGUUACCUCGAUCAAGUUGAAGCAAUGCUGCCUAUGGAACAGCUCCGAGCUUUGUUCAGGCAGAAGCUGGCCAACUCCAAAGUGUUCGCCGACUUCAUACAUUUCUUGGGAUCCCCCACCUCUCAAAGACUCGUCGACGCUGUGUGCGCCAAUCCUGUCUUUAAUAACUUCUUAGUGAAGCUUCAGAGCUACGGUGUCAACCUCAACAAGGGCAGAGAUUUCAUGGAAAACCAAUUGGGUCUCCAUAUGAAGGUCCCAGUGGUACUGUUCACGGCGAUAUUUGCGUUCGCAACUGUGAACUCUCAUUAUCUCCCAGAUUUCGGCAAGGGACCGCUCCAUGAAGAUAUACAAUACUUCCUGGACUUGAUCCCGAUGGACAAGGUUGCUUCUGUCGUCCUAGAAUAUGCCGCUGAAGAUUCCGAAUUCCAAGAGCUACUUCAAUACUUCAGCUCAUCAGAGUUCAAGACAAUGAUCUCGGAGAUCGAGACUCUUUACGAGUUCCAUAAGUUCGCAGACUAUCUAGAAAAAAACGGUGUCUACAUUUACGCCGAGCUGAAUAAAUUAAACAAAAUAAUUGGCAUUCCACCGUUCCAGCAGUUUAGCAAAAAACAAAUCACUGGUGGAGUGAAAGGUUUGUUCGAAGACGUGAAGCAACUCAUCUCUUAUGACGCAAUCAUUCGUGGUUACGUGUACAAGAUGAGAACAUCGGACGCUUGGCGUGAUUUCGUAGCCCAACUGAAGUCAGAGGAUAACCAAAAAUUUGUGGACGCUCUCUACGAAAACAGAAAUUACCUCAGAUUCCGUGCAAUGCUGGUGAAGAAAGGAAUUGAUAUAAUUUUAAUCGAAGAUAUCAUCUACACCGUUCUUGGUAUUGAAUUCCCAAUCUUCGAAAUGCCUAAGUCGGAAACCGUCGCCUCUGACGAACUAUCUAGGGACAUUCAUGACUUCCUGAACCUGGUCGACGAGAACAAAAUAAUGAACAUCGUUAUGUCCUACCUGGAAGACGACGAAGUGCAGAGGGCAAUCGAAUACAUGUACAGCGAAGCAUUUCACGAUUUGGUCCGCAAGGUCGAAGCUAUGCCAGAAUAUCAGAAUUUGGUGAGGUACAUGGAAGACUCUGGCUUGGACAUGAAAAAGGUGAUCAGCAAAAUCCACAAAUUGUUCGGUAUGGAAGACUACGUACCACCCAUGGAAUUCUCAUCGAUGAAUACAUUAUCAAACCUUGGUGGAUUGAAAGCUCUGUUCAACGCUGUAGAGGCUGCCCUCCCUUUGGACAAAUUCACGGCCAUGUACAAUGAAAAGAUGCACACCUCCCCUGCUUUCCAGAACUUCAUGCAAAGACUGCACUCCAAUGAAUUCCAAAGAAUCGUCAACACGGUUUACCAAUCACCAAUCUUCCUGGAAAUGAGACAGAAGGUCAUCAACGACGGAGUGGACCUUGUACCAAUCAGGGAUUUCAUCGAAAAGGUGCUUGGCAUUCAUCUUCCCAGAGUCGACUCCCGUGCCAUGCUACGAGCAGAAAUCUUUGCCUCUGACGAACUAUCCAGAGACAUUCACGACUUCCUGAACCUGGUCGACGAGAACAAAAUAAUGAACAUCGUUAUGUCCUACCUGGAAGACGACGAAGUGCAGAGAGCAAUCGAAUACAUGUACAGCGAAGCAUUCCACGAUUUGGUCCGCAAGGUCGAAGCUAUGCCAGAAUAUCAAAAUUUGGUGAGGUACAUGGAAGACUCUGGCUUGGACAUGAAAAAGGUGAUCAGCAAAAUCCACAAGUUGUUCGGUAUGGAAGACUACGUACCACCCAUGGAAUUCUCAUCGAUGAAUACAUUAUCAAACCUUGGUGGAUUGAAAGCUCUGUUCAACGCUGUAGAGGCUGCCCUCCCUUUGGACAAAUUCACGGCCAUGUACAAUGAAAAGAUGCACACCUCCCCUGCUUUCCAGAACUUCAUGCAAAGACUGCACUCCGACGAAUUCCAGAGAAUCGUCAACACAGUUUACCAAUCACCAAUCUUCCUGGAAAUGAGACAGAAGGUCAUCAACGACGGAGUGGACCUUGUCCCUAUCAGGGAUUUCAUCGAAAAAGUGCUUGGCAUUCAUCUUCCCAGAGUCAACUUCUUGAUAUUUCAACUUCUAAAAGGAACCUAUCACUGUUGGCUGGUACUGUACAAUAGCAAUGUUUACAUUGAUUGUCACGUCCGAUUUGCAAAGUUUUACAACCGUAAUGAGUUCGUGAUUCAUAAGCGUCGACAUAGAGGACGCCACAUAAAUGUUUAUAACAGCAGUCUGAUAGUUAGACGGAAUGAAAAAUUGAUGGGCGUUAUAAUUCUCCCGGCAUUAAUGAGAAAAAAACCAGGUCCUACAAUGAAAUUCGCUCUCACAGUAUUGUCUAUCCUGGCCACAGCCAGCCAUCUCAACGCUUACAUGUUGCCAAGCGUUGGCACAGGUGCCCUGGCCAAGGAAUUGCAGGAUUUCGUGAACUUGGUGCCCAUCGACAAAGUACUGGAGCUCACGCAAGUAUAUCAAGCCAGAGACAAGGAAUUCCAAUGGAUUAUGACUUUCUUGCAAUCCGAUGAUAUGAAGGGCUUCGUCGAAGACGUGGAAGAUUUACCCGAAUACGAAACCCUCAUGAAGUAUUUGCUAAACCAAGGUCUUGACGGUUACACUUUAAUGAAGGACGUAAAAGAAUCCAUGGCAGCGAAUAUCGAAAAAACUAAUGUGAAUUCUAAUCUCAGAAUUACCGGAGGAAUCGCAGGUUAUGUAAAAGACGUUUCAGAAGUCAUAUCUGUGUACAAUAUGUCGAAUCUGUUCGAAUACAAGGUCGCAACUUCUGAGGUUUUCAAAAAUUUCUUGCACGAAAUUCUAUCUCUUCAAUACGAGAACCUUUACACAAGUACCUUCACGAAUCCUCAUUUCCAAAGAAUACUAGUACAGCUUAACUACCUCUAUGUCGACAGCAAUACGUUCCAUACGAAUUUCUUCACGUUUCUCAUAGCUAAAGCGUUGAUAUAUAAAUAUCUUUACAUGAACCCUCAAAUUAUGAUUGUUACCAUGGUAGCCGCAGCUUCGGUUGCUUUUUUCGGAUUCCUUGCCUAUCGGAUCAGAGUUCGAUCGAACGAUCCAGAUUUAUUAAGCGUACUCCCAUUGGAAGACAACAGCUCCCUCGACGAAGAUCUCAAAGACAUUUUGGCGUUCGUCCCUAUAAAAGAAGUACAACGAAUCAUUGAAAGAUACAUGGAAUACGACCCCCAGAUCGGAGAUACCGUGAGCUUCGUGAACGACCAGAAGAGAUUCAUAUUGCGCGAGUUCCAGAACAUGCCUGAAGCAAACAAAUUGAUCAAUUUUCUGCGACAGAAUGGUUUGGACGUGGAUUCCUGGCAAGAGAAGAUACGAUGCUUUUGGAAGAUGUCUCCCAAGUUCAUCAAAUACGAUCCGAGUAUGGCAGCCGGAGGCCUGACCGUGAUGAUCAAUAAAAUCCUGGAGACCAUGCCACUGGACGAGCUGCACGAACUGUUGCGACAAAAGGUGAAAUACUCGGCAAGCUUCCGCAGAUUUCUGUAUACGUUGAGGUCCAAAGACUACCUAGAACUUUGCAACGCGAUUGAGACUAACGAUGUGCUACAUCAUCACUAUUUCUGGGCGAAAGAGGGUGGACUAGAGAUCACGUUCGCGAUCGAACUAUUCAAUGAGCUGCACGCCUACCUAACGCAGGCAUUAGUCACCUAA